CACUUGUCACUAAAUUAAAAACCCCAACACAAAACAACACAUACUCUACUAAUAAGCUAUUCCACGACACACCAGAAACAACAAGACCAUGACAUACUAGCAUUUAAAUACAACAUACCAUACUGACAUACACACACACAUAAACAGCACCGCCACAACGUUUAAUACUUGUACCACAAUAACAUACACAAAAGGCAUUAAAGCUCACAUAUAUACACACACGCACACUCUCAGCAACGACAAGACGUUGAAAAAACAAAAAAAAUGUCGCAAAUGUCAACGGCAAAUUUAGAAGAAAUUCUGCUGAAAUUUCUUCAGCAUGUCAACGAGUUGGAAAUUAAGGACGAGAGGACGUCUAUGACUGGAUUCGAACAGGAGUUCAGGGAAUUGCGUCUACAAGGAAUCAAAGACAAGGAGGAGGAUACAUAUCCGGCUGAAGAAGGCAAACAGAUCUUUAACAUCAAAAAGAACAGAUAUAAAGAUAUCAUACCAUAUGACGCCACCCGGGUGAAGUUAAAAUCCGUCCCAAAUGUACCUGGCUCGGAUUACAUCAAUGCUAACUAUAUCCAAUCUGCAGUUAGUGGCCAUGGAUAUAUUGCCUGCCAAGGACCAUUACCAAACACAGUUGCAGAUUUUUGGCGAAUGAUAAUGGAACUAGAUGUUGAAACUGUUGUGAUGGGCUGUAAGGAAGAAGAAGGUAACAAGCCAAAAUGUGAGCGAUAUUGGCCUAAAGACAGUGAAGGCAAGUUAUUUGGCAACAUUGAAGUUAAAUUGAUCAAUGAAAUCAAGCACUCAUCCGACUUCAUUGUGCGCCAGAUGACCGCUACCCAAGGGGACACUGUACAACAUAUCACCCAACUUCAUCUCGCUGAAUGGCCUGACCAUGGUGUGCCAGAUGUCGAGGACCAAACUUCUAUCUUGCAGACCAUCCAGAUGUUAGGAGAACGAGUGAGGCCACAUGUUCCAGUGGUUGUCCAUUGCAGUGCUGGCUGUGGACGAACUGGAACUAUUUGUGCCAUAGAUUUUGCUCAGAAUCUGCUGAAAUCAAAUAAAAUCACUCCAGACUUUAGCCUUUGUGAAAUUAUUAAAUUUAUGAGAACCCAGCGACAGUCAAUGGUUCAAACUCCUGAUCAAUACCAACUCGCACAUUAUGUGGUGCGGCAAAUUUUCAAGAACCAUUUGAAAGGGAUGGGAAUCAGUCACUAUGAAAAUAUAAAUGUCUACGAGACCAUCAGCAUGUCCAAGUCCAGUGAUCUUGAUGACCCUGGAUAUGAAAACAUCUCAGUUGAAAAUUCCAUUUCGACAUUUCCUGUUUAUGAAAGCAAACCCCGCCAAGAAACGCCCCUGCCACCUGAGAGGAAAAAGAAGCCAGAAACCCUAACUGUAACCCCUGAACAAUGUACCUCGAAUAGUUUAUCUCCUGUUGAAAUGUCCCCACAAAAUCUCUCACCAACCCAAAGAACUCCCAGCCCUGCACUUUAUUCAAAUUCCCUGACUUGCAGACCAGUCACUCCAAUUGAGCAAGAAUGGAAGGUCACUUCAAGCGGGAUAUAUUCUAAUGUAAAUAAUACUUCUGAAGAUACCAAGAAAUUUGUGACAUGCAUAUCAGCUGGCAAUCAAGAAGAGGAUGAAAACUUAUCUUCACAAGACACAAUUUCCAACCUUGACAGACAUGUGAUCCCAACUAAAGCACCACCAGUUUCACCUAGAUAUGACCACCUUCAGUUUAACGGCAAUAAUUCUCGGUCACCCUACCAAGAAUUAACACCAUGUCCAAAAGGAGCAGCUGCCCUGAUGAAUUCUGAAAUGCCAUCCUCCAAGGCAAAGUCUUUGACGAUGUCUGGUCAUGGUAAGGCAGAUAAUACUAAAAACAACGAUGAUCAUGUUUAUUCUGUUGUGAGCAAAUCUCACAUGAGAAGUCUUUCUGAAUCCGAUAAAACUUACUGUGAAAUCUCUGCCAUGAAAAGCCCAGCUUCUGUUGACUUCGGAGAAACGGAAACUGGUUUCACACCAAACCUCCCACCACGGAAAUACAAAAGUGAUAUGGAACCGUUUGAGAAAACAAAGGAAGAAAAACAUACGGGAAAAUUAGGAAAGAUGUUGGAAAUGUUACAUAUAAAGAACAGUUCGAAUUCUGAGAAACACAAACAUCAGAAAAUUUCUAUCAUUGGUUUCGGCCAUCGAGUCGGUCACCCCAAAGGACCCAGGGAUCUUCCACAUACAUUCAAGAAAUAGCAUCUAAGAUUAAAUUAGGAACUUAAUUAAACUGCAUGCUGAAGAAAAAAACAAAAAUAAGUUCUGUGAAAACUCAUAAUCUGUUGGAAAAAAAAAAGCAAAAACAAUUAUAAAUAUUUGGGGGAAGUAAAAAGAAAAAAAACAAAUAGAAAAAAGACAAAGAAAAACAAAAGUAACUUAACAAAAAAAAGGAGGUGAGAGACUUCAGACUGUGUCUGAUGUUAAUUGACAAAGGGCCCUGACCUGGAAAUUCUGUGUCAUUUGAAAAUUUCUUAUUGACCCCCACCCACCUGACCUGUCCAAAUCUUUUCUUGCUCCACCCACUCCACCCCCACUUCGCUCCUACCACUGACAGACACACACACACACACACACACAAAUAAAUUGUUCCACCUUCUCAUUCAUCUCCUCUUACCGCUGCCGUCGCCACCACCACCACCAACACCACCACAACCAGCCAACUUCAACUUUAAACUUGAAAUAUUGCUUCAUUUUAUUCUCCUGUCUUUUUAAUUUAUUCUAAUAAACGAAAUAACAAGAACAAAAACAACAACAACAUUUUUACUUCUUCUCUUCCUCCUCCUCCUCCUUCUCUUUCUCUACUUCUUUCAUUCAUCCUUUUGAAAAUCGUUUGUAAUUUAGCUAACAAUCCAUUCAUAAACUGUUGCUGAAUUGGAUUUUUGUUUAUACAUUAAUAUAUUUAUUUUCUAUCUGAAUAAAACAAAUUCAACAUGCA